AUGCUCGCCUGCUGCGGCGCCUUCGGGCCUCUCGAAGUGGGACUCCGGCUCAGCAGCGGCGGCGGCAGCGGAGGCGCCCUCGCCGUCAAGCGCCUGCCCGCCCUCCUCGGGGCACAGGUAUCUCGCCUGAUGGUACAGUUGCUUCAGCUGAGGCAUACAAAUGUGCUUCAGUAUGCACUGUGCAUUCCCAACCGCUGUGCAUCACAGCCAGAGGUUCUGCUGGCAACGUCCCUCUGCGAGUGCAACCUGGGAGAACUGCUGGUGCUGCUCAAGGCCGAUGGCAGCCUGGGGCAGCGAGCGCAUGGGCUUGUCAGGCAGUUGCUAUCUGGACUACACUACUUGCACACUUUAAGCACACCAGUUGUCCAUGGAAACUUGAAACCAUCCAAUGUCCUUAUUGAUGACAAAGGAGUGGUCAGGCUUGCAGAAUUCGGACUGCAUCAGAUGCUGUAUCAGACCACUCCACCACCUGCUUCAUCAGUAAUAUGGUGGUCUUGUGAAACUUGUGUAGCUUACGAGCAGAACCGUCGAAUGUCAUGCUCCACUAUGUCAGACAUACAAGUGGCUGGUAUGGUAGUGCAUUUUAUACUCACAGGAGGAAACCAUCCAUUUGGCACAGAAGCCUCUCAGAUUGUUCAGAACAUUAGAAGAGGCUUCAAUGCACCUGCAACAACUAACUGUGAAGCAAACGAUCUGAUCUCUUGGAUGGUUCUGCAAAACCCUGGGCAGAGACCAUCUGUAGAAAAAGUCAUCAGGCACAUUUACUUUUGGGACACAGAAAAAAAAUGGAAAUUUCUAUUAACUUGUGCUGGUAUGUCUCCAGACUGCAAGACUGCUCCACUACCAUUGUCUAAUUUUUUCGCCUGUCUUGAAAAACAAGCUGCAUACCACAACACAAAAGGAGACUGGGUAUCUGUGGUGCGCACUUUCCUGCCAGAAAUAGCACCAUCAGUUGUUAGUUACAGUAAUACACCAGUUGGGUUACUGAAUUUUAUGAGAGAUUGUCUAAACAGUAUGCAAAACAUGGACAUCCAGACAACAACGCGACUGCAGCAGUUCUUUGUGGCAGCAUUUCCUGGUCUUUCACUCACAUUAUAUCGAUUUAUUGAGAAGACGGAUUGGUUGCGGCACCCUGCUCUAGCCCCAUUUGUGGAUGGAACCAACUAUUAAGACAUUAGUAUAGCCCUUUUGAUAUCCUAUUUUAUUUUUAAAUUUUUUUUACAUGCAAAUAAUUCAUGAAGUAUCUUUAUAUACACGUCUGGACUAUCUAAAGUACACAAAGGAGAACUGGUUUAUUGUUAUUAUUAUAUUUGUAGUUUUAUCAUCAGUUAUGUACAGCAUAAUUAUUUGUAAUCAAUGAAAGAAUUUUUGUUUCAGAAGUCUCAAAAGCCGUCUGCAGAUUUGUGAAAAGUACAAAAUUAUCAUUAAGUUGUAUUAGCUUAUAACAAGAAUUAUAAUAAACUUUUAACUGUUUGAUAAGGAUCUGAAGCUAAGAGCCCAUAAGACAAACAGCCAAAAAGUACAACUGAUUAAAACUUAUGAGACUAACUAUUACACACAUAUGUACACUGAUAAGCAACUGAAUGAAGUGACACAUUGUUUACCUAUCCAGUACUGUAUAUUAUUGUUGUCCACAUGUUUGUGGUGAUUGAUUUUUUUGUUGUUUCAUGAGAGACAGUGUCGGGGAAACAUCCUGAUCCAUAAUCAGCUACCAUUUAAAUCAGAAAGUAAAACCAGUUCACUCUAUUCUGUAAAGAGAGGAUAUAGUAAAUUUUAACGUUAAAAAUUAUUGGCUAUGCAUAGUGAUCAGAGCUGGAAUCGCAAAUCAGUGUCAUAUCUUCUUAAAUACUUGAUAUGAAUAUAAUAGAGGGAAACAUUCCACAUGGGAAAAAUAUAUCAAAAACAAAGAAGAUGUGACUUACCAAAUGAAAGCACUGGCAGGUCGAUAGACACACAAACACAGACGUUUCUGCUUGUGUCUGUGUAUGUGUGGAUGGA